AUGCUUGAUCGCUUAAAAAGGAGAUUUGUCAAAGAAAGACACCAAUGGAGAGAAGUAGAGGAGAGAGUGUCCCCAGUGUUAGGUAAAAAAAUUAGAGACUCAGAUAUUGCACAACCAAUUAUGUCUAAAGAUAAAGAAUUGGAAGAACAACUCCUUGAAGCCGGUAACAAGCUCGCAGAUCCUCCUUCUUUGGUGGAGGAACUUCUCCCACUCCUUCAUGGCAUAGGAGCACCCCCUGGACCCCAUAAUCUAUUUGAUGUGGAGCUAGGGGUUUCAGCUUGGGCUACCGGUGUUGUUGGAUCUGAGUAUGUUGUUCCAUGUUCUUUACAGUCUUUGACUGUCCUCUCAGCUCCCAUUGCUCACCUUCUAUCACCUAGGGACUCUUUAGGUUUGCAGCAAGUAGAGAGUUGCCUAUUAAGGGUUGAACAGUCACCUACAUCCUCUAUGCAAAAUGCGCUCUCUCCAUCAUCGAAAGCAUUAAUUGCAGACAAGCUUUUGCAACACUCGGAUGAUAAUGUCAAAGUUGCAGUUGCUUCUUGCAUCAGUGAAAUAACAAGAAUCACUGCACCUGAAGCUCCUUAUAAUGAUGAUCAAAUGAAGGAGGUCUUUCAAUUAAUAGUAUCUUCGUUUGAAAAUCUACAUGAUAAGUUAAGCCAAUCAUAUGCAAAGAGGAUAGCUAUUCUUGAAACUGUUGCAAAAGUUAGAUCAUGUGUGGUUAUGCUGGACCUUGAAUGUGAUACCCUGAUUUUGGAGAUGUUUCAACAUUUCGUGAAAACAAUAAGGGAACAUCAUCCAGAAAAUGUUUUCUCGUCCAUGGAAACAAUUAUGACCCUUGUUCUAGAGGAAAGUGAAGAUAUAUCCUUAGACCUGCUGUCUCCACUUCUCACCAGCAUUAAGAAAGACAAGGAGGAAGUUUUUCCAAUCGCCAAAAAAUUGGGGGAGAGGGUUCUUGAAAAUUGUGCAACCAAGCUUAAACCCUACUUGGUUCAAGCAGUGAAAUCCUUGGGUAUAUCUGUUGAUGAUUAUAGUACAGUAAUUGCUUCAAUAUACAAGGAUGCAUCUAAUGACUUGGCAAAAAAUGACACAUGUGUUACUAGUGUGCAAAUGAAAUGUAAGAGUGAGUCAGCAAAACAACCAUUUGAGGAGUCAAUGCAUGUAUGCACCCACUUUAAUGCUCUUGUUUUUUAUGCAUCCUGUGGUUCUAGACUUUUAUCUUCCGGAGUUGCAUACUCAUGUUGGUUGUGGUUUGAUCAGGUGUUUAAAAAAGAUUCAAGGGAAGUUAUACCCUCUCAACAAGAGAAUCCUUAUGCGAAUAUAUCUCCAAAGUCAGUCAUGAGCAAUGGCGUUGCAUGUGUUGGAGAAGAUAAUGCUUUUGUUGAUUCCAAGUCCAAUAAAAAGCAAGAGGAUAUUGAUUGUUGUAAUCACUCUGAAGGUUUCAACAAAACUCGUCAUGAGGUGCACAAUGAUUUGGAUAUUGAAGAAGUUGACAAGAUACAAAAGUCAGAACAUUCUACCAAGAGACAACAGAAGAAACCAAGCAAUUCGACUAAAUCUGUAAUACCUUCCAAAGGUCAAGUUGCUGCUUAUGAGAAUGGGACUGAGAGAAUGCUGGACUAUGAAAGCAACAGCAAGAAAGUUCCCAGUUCCCCUCGUGAGGACCAUUCUGUUGAAGCAGCAGGAGCUUCAGAGAAUGACAAAGAAAUUGACACUGAGAUUUCAUCACCAAAGGCAUGCAACGUUGAAUCUGAAGUAUCUGCUUCUCCAAGUGAAAGCUUCCAUGAUGGAAAUCUUUCGAAGAAACUUGGACGAACAAGAAUGAAUGAUGGCUCUGUAAAAAGAGCUGCAGAGGAUGUUUCAAAGGUGUCUGCAAGAGCUAGUGAUUUAGAAGUAAAACCUGCUCGUCUGUCAGUGAAAAAGGCACUUGGUCAGAACUCUGAUGUGAAAACCACUAGUGUCGUCAAUUCAGUAAAAAAAGGAAGUGGCUCAACAAUUGAUGCAAAUACUAAAAAGCACUCAGCCAAUAAAUUAGAUGAAGACAAAAAGGGUACAGGUGGAUCCUCUUCAAGACAUACAAGGGACACGAAAAGGAGAGGGCAGGGGAAAGCUAACUCAGAAACAGAUUUAACAAAAUCAUCUGCUAUGGAUGUGGACAAGGAAAUGGUUUCUUCAAAGUCUGGUACAAAAUCAACUAAAGAUGGAAAUCCAGCGACUCCCAAGACAACUGUGAAAAUAAAACUUAAUUCAGGAAAAGAAAAUGUGUCUGAUGUGAAGGAAUGUGGUGAAAACCUUGUGGGUUUACGGGUCAAAGUUUGGUGGCCUAAGGAUCGUUCGUUUUACAAAGGUCUUAUUCAUUCUUUUGAUUCUGCCAAAAAGAAGCACAAGGUCUUCUAUGAUGAUGGAGAUGAAGAAACGUUAAAUCUUGUGAAGGAAAAAUGGAAGGUCAUUGACGCUAACAUAGAUGCAGAUGAGGAGGAACAAAGUGAUCGUGCAAGUCUUGAUGAUUCCACUGAUAUGCCACCAAAGAAGAAAGGAAAAACAAGUAUUGGUGAGUCAAGCAAAGAAGGAAAGACUGAUGGUUCUUCCAGAAGAGGUGGAGCAAUAGCAUCCAGUAGAUCAAAGGGUGCAUCUAUGAAGUCUAGCAACAAGUCCAAAGAUGGUAACAAAUCCAAAUAUUUCAAGACUAUUAACAAAUCUGAAGAUGAAGUUAGUAGAAAAUCUAAGGACAGCACUGCUAAAAUUGAUAACAGUAAAUCUAUUCUUGCCGCUAAAAAAAUGAACAAUAAAUCCAAAAACACUGAUACUUCCGAGACAAGUGAAUCAAACGAUGAUGACACUAGCAUGCCAAAAUCCUCUUCUAAGACUAAGCAAGAAACGUCCAAAAGUGGAAAAUCCAAACUAGAAACCCUGAAGACUACCAUAUCGAAAGGAAAACCUCUUAAAAGUGGUGGAAAGACUGAUGUUAAUGGUGGUGGUAUGGUGAAAUCUGCUUUGUUGAAGAGAAAAGAUUCCAAGAAUGAGAACUUGGAUAUCUCAGCAGGAGAAGUAAAAGAUGCGAAAGGAAAGACUUCACAUUCAUCAAAGGCAAAAGGAAAUGAACUCAAGAGUGGAACGAAGCGUCUGAGAAGCUAG